CCGCUAAUAUUCGGGUUAGGAGAUGACCCACUCGACCUCCUGAGCCACAGCCGCCCCCAUUCCGACUCAUCUCCCUCAGUCAAGCUGCUGUUUCUGCACAGAGACCUCUGCAUCUGUUCCAUCAUCCACAAGAUGCAUGUGAAUAGCUUAUUAAAUCAGUGGACGGACAUCUCCAGGAUGUGUGAUGUGGAUGUUUCCUCAGAGCCCACCAGUCCCACCCUGUAUGGUGAGUCUUCAGACAAGUACUACCAUGUGGACCGUUGGCAAAAGCUCCGUACCACUGUCCGCAAACUGGAGUUCUGGGAAAACUUUACAGCUGAGCUAAUUGGGAGUGGCUUCUUCUCCAAAGUCUAUAAGGUGAUGCACAGCACCAGUCAGAAAGUGAUGGUGGUGAAGAUCUACAAAAACGAUGUGGACCAAGACAGCAUAGUACGAGAGAUCAGCCUGCUGCAGAAACUCUCGCACCCCAACAUUGUCAGGUAUCUGGGAAUCUGUGUAAAAGAGGACAAGCUCUAUCCAAUCUUAGAGUAUGUAAAUGGUGGCUGUCUGGAGGAGCUUCUGGCCAGGAAAGAUGUUUCUCUGUGCUGGAGAGAGAAGGUGGACCUGGCCUGUGACGUAAGCAGAGGAAUGAUCUACCUGCACUACAAGAACAUUUAUCACAGAGAUCUCAACUCAAAGAACUGCCUGAUCCGGGUGACGUCUCGAGGACGAGAAGCCCUGGUGACGGACUUUGGUCUGGCCAGGGAGGUGGUGGAGCUGCCUGUUAAAGACAGCGGCAGGAAGCUCUCACUGGUGGGCUCGGCCUUUUGGAUGGCCCCUGAGAUGCUCCGAGGGGAGCCUUAUGACCGCAAGGUGGAUGUUUUCUCCUUUGGCAUUGUUCCUGCUGACCCAGAGAUCCUGCCCAGAUCACAGGACUAUGGGCUGGAUGUGAAUUCAUUCAAGGGGCUGGUGGCAGACUGCCCUCAGCGUCUCCUGGAGUUAGCAACCAGCUGCUGUACGGUGGAGUCCUUCAGACGGCCAGCAUUUACAGAGGUGCUGGAUGAGCUGGGAGAAGUCGCUGAGAGCCUGGAGCCACUGCCAACACCUGAUCUGACCACAAGCUGAGCAGUCCAUCUGGGAACCCCACCUAUUCAGCACCAGGACCAGGGGCUCGGGGAUCAUUUAUCGCCGUCUGGACAGAAAACAGGACUGAGCCUGAGCAAAAGACACCUGAUCAGAUGUUCAGCCAUCCCUGGCAUCAAUUUCCCUCCACUGCACAACAUAUGACAUGUUGGAACUAGUUUUCACUGAGGUGGUGCAAAUAUACUGUGCUAGAUGUGUGUUCAGUGAGCGGUGGAAAUGACCCUGACUUCUCAUGGACACUGAGCUUUGACACUUUGGUGUACUUAUAAAGAGUAGUUACACUUGUAGGAGAGAAUAUACAUUAUGUUCUGUUAUGUUGCUGUUACUUGACUAAAAGGUUGCGCUUCUCUCUUCUCUGUUCCUCCUGUUCUUUAUGAGUGGCUUGUUUUGUAACUAAUAAGACAGAUGAGCAAGUCUGACUUCUGCAACAGGAAACUGCAUUUGAAGACUGAGCGAGAAUGGUCUGCUCUCUGCUGGGACAGAAUAUCACCAGACAUGACUUCAUUCCACAUGGGAUACAUACACAGGACUAACAGGAGCCAAAGAGAUUUGAAGUUGUUUUGCGUGUUUUGAAGUUCAUUCUACCAAGGUCACGCUCAGAUGGGUUUAGGUUCACAGUUCAUAUUUGUGGUCAUCUUUAACAUUGAUCUCAUUUGAAGCCAUUUAUUAUUUCCAUAAAAGUAUGCUUUUCAUGAAUAGUACUGAAAAGCACCAAUGUAUCAGUUUUAUGAGAACAAAGAAAAAGAAUUGGGCCUUAAGACUUCACCUAUAUAAUGACUUUGCAUUUUUGCAGUGGAUUUUGAUCCAUAGAACCAUUAAUUUCUCAAAAGAAAUGACAAAAGUGGUCAUCGUCAGUAACAGUAUGCAGAAUUUGAUGCCCACAUCUCCUUUCCCUUUGUCAUAUUUUGUCAUUUUUCUGAGUCUAGGGAGUUGGUUUGAGCUGAGCAUGUGUGUGAAACUAUCCAUAAGUCCUCCAACCUUGUUAACUAUACAGGUAACUUGUCCCUACCCUCUGAUAUGUCUGCAUUAGCGUCCCUACAAGCAGCAGGAGACAGGCCACAGAUAAACAGUUAAAAUCACUGUUGAAAAAUAAAUAACUAAACAGUACUGUCAUUCCGGGUUUAGGUAAAACCAUGUAUUUACAGUAGGUAUAGGGAAAUGUCUGGGUAGAAAUAAGCAGAUUGUUCAGGUUGGCGCACCUUCGUUGUCAUGGUUUCAUUAAAAAAAACACAUGGUUACUGUUA